AGUUUGAAACCAAACAUCUAAGUGAUUGCUCGUUUGAUAUCGCAACAAAAUUUAUUUUUCAUAGGAUACAUCACUUUUGUAAAGGUCGUGGCAUUGAUGGGUAACCAACCGCUCUAUGACUCGGAAGGUCUAUUUCCUAAAGGGAAUCUACUACUAAAGAUCGUUCUGAGUAAUGGCAAAGUACAUCAAGCGGAGCUGAAUGGAAGUAAAUACCAAGGUCACCAACACGAAGAAGACUUAAACACCGAAAGUGAUUUUAAGCCGCCACUCAUCUGCACUCGUGAAGAAAUAAGAAAAGUUCAUCUCACGGCUCAAGGAAAUAAUAGAUGGUACGUUGCUUCGAUCGAUACCUACACCGCGGGAUCGCAUAGAACCUUCACUAAGCUGACCAAUGAUCCAGGCUUCAGUAUGUGGGUGGACGGCAAUGAAGAACAUCAUUACCCAUACCACGCCAAAGAGCACCUCCUCACCUAUGCUGUCGCAGGAUCCUGUAUCACGUACAUACGCGUUGAGGCAAGGACGAAGGAAGGCAUGAAAGAAGAUGGUUCCUCAAAAAUGGAUAGAAAGAGCUACUUCAUUAUCCUUGUUCUAACGCAGGACCAAAAUCUUCGGGCAGAACUUGUGGGAUAUGAGUUACGAAGCCAAUCCUCUGUGCUAGAGCUGAACUUCGUUAGCCGAUUUCAAACCAAAAGGUGCGUUCCGAUAUCCGAAAUUAAAGAAGUACGCCUACAAACUCAUCAUCAAGGAAAUGAAAAUUGGUACAUAUCAUCCAUUCAAACUUCUGCUAAGACUGGUGAGGAGCAGUACAUGGAUUUGACAAGUGAUCCACACCUUAACAAGUGGUUUAGAGAGAACGAUUCGAAAGAAAUCAAACUAAAAUGGAUACAUCUAGAGACCCUUACCUGUGAAUACGGAAACCCAACGUGCGAAUGCAUGGAACACGCAGAAAUUUGUGAAUUUAAUCUUGAAAUUGAUGAAAUUCAAACCUUCACCAGCUAUCAAAAGUUAUCAGACGAUGGACCUACAGGAUUAGCUGUGCGCGGAACCGAGGGAGUGAGCUAUUAUUUCGAUGAAAACGGAAUACCUUUGCCACUGCAGUUUGAUAGAAUAUGUUCAACAUUUGACCCAGACGAAUGCACUUAUCCCCAGUAUGUAGAUGGUAAAUCGUACCGUAUGGUAAUAGCGGUCAAUGGACGAGUUCCUGCACCUACCUUAAUAGUUUACGAAGGGCAAAAGGUUAUUAUUCAUGUUCACAACAAUCUCAGCACUGAAGGUAUUUCAAUUCACUGGCAUGGAAUGCAUCAGAGAGGAACACCUUGGAUGGAUGGUGUUGGCCAAGUCACUCAAUGUCCGAUAGGACCAUCAUCAAGCUUUUCAUACGAGUACACUGCUAGUCCUUCUGGAACGUUUUGGUACCACUCCCACAGUGGUGCACAGAGAACAGAUGGCUUCUAUGGUGCACUUGUAGUCAAAGAAAACAAAUCAAGGUUGAACGAUAUAAGAACAGAACUGAACGCUGAAUUUCAAGAUCGUCCAGAUCAACACACCUUAACGCUUCUAGACUGGCAAGUGGAGGCAUCUUUAGACCUGUUCACUCAGAACCUAGCAGGCUUGGGCUUUUAUCCAGGCAAGCCGCCUGGCGAAGUACCAACUCCAUCUGAUCAACAGUAUAGUGCUACUCGUAGUUUUGACAAUGGCGGAGCUGGACCUAUCCCGUACUUCUCUGGAAUCAUAAAUGGCAAAGGCAGACAUGUCGAUGUUCCAUACAACAAAACCAGACUGAGUAUAUUCACUGUUAAGUGCGGAGAGUUAUAUCGCUUUCGGCUUGUAGGAGCCCAAGCGCUUUAUUCCUACACCUUUUCCAUUGAUGGCCAUAAACUGACUGUGGUCGGCACUGACGGCUAUUGGAUUGAACCCGAAAAAGAGGUUGAUUUCAUCAUGAUCCAUCCCGGAGAGAGAUACGACUUUCUACUCGAUGCAAAAGAGGGAAUAAAAGACUACUGGAUUCGUGCUGAGACUAUGGAGAUUGAUCAAAAUGGCCAAGGGCCGCCUUACAAGUCACUAGGACAUGUGGCAGAAGCUAUUUUGCACUACAAACGGCGUGAAGAUUCACUUGAUCCAGAUGUCAAUGUGCCGUCGCAUAGAUAUGAAGAAAUCAAAAACAAUUCUCCUCUCAGAGUGUGCACCCAGGAGAAUCCAUGCAAAGCAGUGAACUGCCCAUUUAAAAACUUUCAUUCUUCAUACAACAUUACCUGUACUAAUGUAGACGAGCUGCGUUUACUUGAGCCAACUCCACCUGGGGAACUUCCAAAUGCAAACCCUAACAGCCAAUGCCGAAAUUGCACACAUUUCAUCAAUUUUAAUUUUGAAGGUGAAUCUCAAACUAGUUCAGUGAACGGGCGCAAUUUUAUACUUCCUUCCUUUCCACCCCAAACCCAGUAUAACGAUUUUCGAGAAAAAGACACGAUCUGUAACCUAACGGCUGACUGCAAUCCAUCGACACUCGAGUGCUCAUGUGUGCAUAUGAUAGACAUUCCAUACAACGAAACUGUUCAAAUGGUGUUUUCAUCAAUUGGUGCUUCUCCUAGUGCUCAUCCAAUUCAUCUCCAUGGCCAUACGUUUCACGUAGUUGCCGUUGGAUAUCCAGAGUAUGACAAUACUACUGGUUAUGUUAAAAAACCCAACAGUGAUAUAUCCUGCGCUGAUGUUAACUGCACUAAAGAAGGGUGUGUGAAGGAACGUUGUACCAGACCAAGCUGGAGGACGGAGCCAAUGAAUUUUACCAUCAAUCACCGCACGAUCAGAAAGGACACAGUAAUGGUCCCUGCUGGCGGCUACGUUGUUAUUAAUUUUCUUUCUGAUAAUCCAGGCCAGUGGUUUCUUCACUGUCACAAAGAAUUGCACCAACUUGAGGGAAUGGCACUUAUUGUCAAUGAGGCUUUGGAGGAGCAGGGCAAGCCACCCGACGGCCUGAACAAGUGUGGAGACGUUGAUUUGAGUUAUGAUGAGAUCGGUUCGGGGGAAGAACCGACUGUCAAUGAAGAUUUCGAGGAGUAACGCAACUUGCAAUUGAAAGCACCUGAUGGCAUGAGCAAGUGUGAAGACUUUGAGAUAAGUCAUAAUAAAACUGAAUCAUAAUUGCCAAUCACGAAGCUAAUGCUCGAAAAACUAUUUCAAAAAGGAUAGGUCCCGACAUUCUUAGAAGCUAUUAACCUCAACAAAACUACUACUUGAAAACAUUCGGUAACAAUGUGCGUGCUAAGAUCCAGAAUUAAGUAUUUUACAUUAGAGUGGGCCAAAUCGAAUACUCGGUAACAAGUGAGAAGUGCUUUUUGUAUUCUUAGGCUUUACUGGAUUGUUUCAUAACUUCAUAAAUAAACAACUCAGUUAUACGCGCAUUUUUUGAGAUUUAAAACUAAGCAUGUUAGACUAGUGUGAAACAAAUGUGGGACUAGUGCUAGACUAGACAAGUGUGACAUAAUUUGUAAGAGGUAUUUUUUUGUUUAUAUGGCCUUUGCCGAGUAAUUACAAAAUUUUUUUAUGAGUAUUAUAUCACCGACGUGAUUUUUUGUGGAUCUUUUAAGAUCCAGAAUUAAGUAUUUUACACCGGAGUGAGUCAAUUUGAGUACCCAGUGACAGUAGAAUUUGUUUGCACCUGUGAGCUUUCUUGUAGUUUUUUUUACUUUUAUCACCUCGUUACAGCGACGAUUUCUAUUACAGGAGGCUCGUAAUGAUUUAAGCGUCUGUAAAACUAUAGCAUAUGCUGUAUGAUCAAAGACAAAUCAUUUAGAAAGGUUAAAUUCAGAGAUACUCUGACACUUAAUCGGUCAUCAAGUUUUAUUACAAAUUAAUUUUUUUUGAGUUUUCAACGAUAGAAAACGUUUUUUAAGAAGGUCAUAUGCAACGUAUGACGAACUGGGAAAAUACUCACUGUAAUAAAUUUGUUUGAUUCAUUGAUUUCAACUAUUUGGGGUGACGGAAGAAACAGAAACUUACUAAUGGCCCUACCCUCCCCUUCCCUUCUCCUUUGGCCACGCCCUCUCCUUCCCCCUCCCCCCAUCAUUAUUCGGAGGUCCGGUGCAAAAUUAAAAGGAAAAAAAAGAUAUUACUAGAAAUCUGUUGCUUGAUAAAUUGACUCCACUGUUUACCUAUACUCUUUUGUUAGGAGCGACGGAAGAAAGGCAGUCACUCACAACCCCACCCAUACCCCCCCCCCCCGAAAAAGGGUGAAAAUUAGAUUUUAAGUUUACGUUUUCCUAUUUUUUAAAACCAAUGAAAGGUUAACCCUUUAACUCCCAAGAUCUCAUCAGUAAUUCUCCUUACUGUCUGCCACACAGUUCUUGUGAUGUUAGUUUGGAGAAUUUGGUAUUGAAUCAACUCAUUAUCCCCUAAUUGAUAACUCUAUGAAUUCUCGUCACUCGUCUGCUUGAUAUUGUAUUGAUAUUGUAAGGAGAAAUUCUGUCUUGGUCACUCAUGGGAGUUGAAGGGUUAAAAAAAAUCUAGGGAACGCCCGUGCGAAUGGAAUUACACUCUUGUAUUCUCCUUGGAGUCAUUUUGAAAAUUUGUUUUCAAAAAUCCUUAUUUUCGUUUCCUUUAUUCCCUCUCAGUUCUCAAGUGACCUCAUGAACACAAAAUCUUUUAGAAAUACUCUUCUCUCUUAAUAAAGAAAUAAAUUCAUCCCCAUUUCUCUCCUUUCUUCGAUAACGUGGAAAACUGGACUCGUCAAGCUUAAUGUUGUCAUAAACGACGGAAAGAAUCAAAGUUAUUUUACCACCAACUAAAUAGAGUUUAUUCCAUGGAAAGUGCGCAAGAGCGAUUUCUAUUCACAAAUUCAAUUAAUUGGUGUAAUUAACGUACCUUUUUGCAGAACAAAUAGACUGAAGAAUAGUUUUAUCAUGUACAACGCGGCUAUUUCCUAAUAGCCUUAUCAUGUGUAACACGAAAUUUAAUAUACAUAUAUAGUAUCUCUCUAUCUAUCCAAGUUGCGAUGCAUCAAAAAACGAAUAAAGGGGGUAAGUUUCUAAAGAAACUGUGGUGCUGCGUCGGUAUGAGAUAUAGCAGGUAAUUUAGUGUUAACAACUGAGUUGGAAACGUAAAUUAGCCACCGUAAAGGGAAAAAAAGCCGACGUUUCGAGCAUCAGUCCUUCGUCGAAGCGAUUGAAGGAAUUGUGAGUUAUGUGUGGGUUUAUAUGCAGAAAGUGGAGAUACGCUAUUGGUGGGAAUAUGGUGACGAGAAACCAGGAAUAAAUUAGUUGAAUGAAAAGCGCUCGUUGAUUCCGUGGGGAUUUAAAGGGGGCCGAUUUGGAAGAUAAAUUUUUGUUCUAGUGUUUUGCGGCUUUCCGAACUGCCUAGAUGUAUGGAAAAGUCGCAAACUGCUAUGCGCUGUUUAGAAUGAUUAGGGAGAUUAAAGUGUCUAGCGACUGGUUUGGAUGCGUCCUUGUCAUUUCUUUCCACGUCGCGAAGGUGUUCUUGGAAUCGGUCGUCUAAUAGUCUUCCUGUUUCGCUAAUGUAUAACUUAUUGCAAUAAGUGCAAGUUAUGCAGUAAAUACCUCCGCCAAUGUUAUUUACAGUAUAACUUGGGACGAUUAGAAUCAAUUGCUUCAUCAAUUUUAAUUAACUCGCAUUUACUGUCUGGUUCUAAUUCAAUUCAUCAGCCUUAUGACGUACGUAAUACAUGAAGCCAAUAGGCUGAAGAUGUACACAUCGAAGUUGUGCACAUUUUUUUUGAUAAUCUGGAUAUUCUGUUGCACCUUUUGUUUCAACGUCGACGACAAGAUACAACCAUGUAAGUUGAAUAUGUUGCUCUACUCAUUGUGACAUCAAUUGAUUAUCAAAUGAGAGCGAAAAUUGAAGGUCUCAUUCUUGACUUCGCGUCGAGGUUUCCUUCGAACAAAGCGCGUGCUCGAUCUUGUUUGGAUUUUCUCUCUAAAGAUUUGACUAGUUCGUCUCACUUCUAGCCAUAAUAAAUUCCUUGCUUAUUAGUGAAGAGUAGUUGCGUUACAUCAAGAUAACACAUUCUUGCUGAAAAAUUUCUGUUGUCUCAGUAGAUAACAUACUUCAUUUUAUCUCUCAGUUAGAAGGUAUGCCAUGACUGGUGAAUCAAGCGGGCCUUAUUUCACUGUGAGGCUCGCUAAACUCAAAACUUUGUUUAAUUGAAAUCCUUCCCCUCUACUUGAACCCAGAGAUACAACAAAUAUCUUACUGACCUAAUUUCCAAGGCACAGAUCCUCCUUUUCCAGCUGGGGUUCAUGGCCCAAGCACGAAGCGCGGGCCAUAAAUCCGAGCAAAGAAACUCGGUCCGUAACUUGCUGUGCGGACCGAGAAAACGAGGUAAGUAAGAGGUAUGAAAUACUGAGGUGAGUUGAAUUUACUUCUCGGAGUUAUAACUAGGGAUUGCUGCACUGACUUUCCACGUUACAAAAUACAUAAAAAAGAAAGAAAUAUACGUAGUAACCGAACUCAACCCAUAAACACUUGCUUACAGUUAACAACUCCAAGAUUGUUUCUGCGUUUGGUUUAUUCCAUGACAAGACGCCGCCAACAUGGGAACGAGGUCAAAUCGUGGGUUACAGCCUCGUUUCUGCGAUGGGGGAAGUACAUUUCAAAUCGGACUCCAGAAGAGAUUCAACCACAUUCAAGUUCCCGUCACUUGUAAAUACGAUCUACUUGGAUAAAAUACCAAAAUGGAGCGAGCUCACUAUUGGGAAAACUGUGUUGGUCGAGGUUCCACCGGGAAAUUUUCAUACUGGAAAAAUUGUGGCACGAUUCAAUUUCACUGUAGCAGACACAAAUAACAGAAGAGUAACAGUUCAGAUUUCAAAGCUUAGGAAGACUUUUGAGUAUCAAAAUGUACGGGUGAAAGGUAGGCCUGUGUAUCUGACGCUCAGCUGCCGUAAGAACGACAUUCAUCAAUAAAUAUUAAGUUAUAAUCCAUUAGUUCUAACCAAUGAUAUCAUCCACGUAGGAAUGGAUGCUUGCCGAUAUUUUGAAGUUGAUUGUGACGACCAACUUGAAGUCUGUUACCAAAUAUACCUCACCAAAUGGUUGCCAGCACCGGCUCAGUACUAUUGCUCCUGUAGGGAAGGUUUUAAAAGACACCCAACUAAAAAGUGCCUUCGUAAGUAAAUCUGUUGUAACGAACAAGUCAGCCACUAGUAAAGUCAUAUUUUUUUCCAACGGAAGUAUCCCUGCACAUCUUAACGAAAGCGUAAGGGGAGCACGGUUUCUGCUGCGCGUGGGAAAAUCCGCCAUCUUGAGAAAAAUGGGAAUUUUUCUAUAUUUCUCUUCUUUUCCCACCCAUCAACACUUCUUGGAUAAAUAUCAGUAUCUGGGCAACUGCCCACUUACCCCUCCCCUAACCCAACAUUCACCCUGACUUGUUAUCAACUAACUGUUGUUGGGUUAGGGGAGGGGGAAGUGGGCAGUUGCCCAGAUACUGAUAUUGAUCUCACUUCUUCCUACCCACGCUCAAGACAGUGACGUAACCCUUGCCGUAACGCAUACAACUCAUUCUUGAGGCAAUCAUCAAAACAUCAUGUAGUUUAAAAGCAUUCAAAUAUAACAAGCAAAAAUCACCCGCUCUCCCCUCUACCACUUCUAAGCUGGAUACUUCAAGCUUCGCAAGUCUUAAUCCUUUAACUCCCAGAUCAAAUUCGUUAUUCUCCUUACUGUUAACCACACAAUUCUCAUGAUGUUACUUCAGAAAUUUAGUAUUGGAUCAACUAAUAAUUCUCAAAUAUAUAUUUUUCUUUAUUCUCAUCACUUAUCUGGUUAAUAUUGUAUCGGUAUUGUAAGGAGAAAUUCUGUCUUGGUCACCCAUAGGAGUUAAAGGGUUAAACAAAUUCAGGUUUGAAAGAUUUAUUCAGACACCUUGUUGUGCGGCAUUUUCUAAUGACGACGCAUUUGUAACAACCUACGCAAUUUGUGAUGACGGUGGUGGCAUUUUGUAAUAAUUUGCCAAUUUUUUAAAAGGUGUUUCAGCGUUUUGCAAUGAGAAUGAGCUACGUAUUUUGUUACAUAAUCUGUAAUAAACGCAACAGCAUUUUGUAAUAAUCGUCGGUCUGCUCAAUUCAGUUGUAACAUGUUGACGCAAAUUGUAAUAAUCUCAAUUUUGUCGCAAAAACUUAUAGUACUGUCCAAAAGUAAUGCAAACGAUUAUCGUCGAAUAUCGCUCCUUGUUCUUCCGAGAUAUUGCUGCGGAAAUGUUUCCUGGAACUUAUCAUUGAGUUGAAGUAGCUGUUUAAGUAAUGUAACUCUUUCUUCUUUAAGGCUCUAAAAUUGAUGCUUGACAAAUCAUUUUUCAGAGGAGGAAAACUGCAAAUACCCAAUCUGUAGGACAAUACUUUUUUGCAAGACUCGAGAAAAAAAUUUAAUUUGCUGCAGGAUGCUGUUACAAAUUUCGUAGACCGACGAUUAUAGCAAAAUACGGCAGCCUCUAUUACAAAUGCGUAGCUCGCCGUUAUUACAAAAUACUGCCAUGCGUACAUGUAUUACAAAAUGCGUAACUUAUUACAAAAAGCCACAACUGUUGUUACAAAAUGUGUCGCUAUUACAAAAUGCCGAACACACCCUACGCAUUGAAAUUUCCUUUUCUCCCGUCAUUCCAGCACUGAGAUCAAAGGAUCCAAUACAAGAAAUAGAAGAACCUUCUGAAGAAAAAUCAAAGAAACCGAUCAAAUGGAGAGAAAACAAAUCAAACAUCGGAGUUAUGAUAGCGAUCGUUGCAGGCUGUGUUGUGCUGAUAAAUGUUGUAGCUGUUUGUCUAUGGGGGUAGGUAGUUUACAAAUAUCAAUUACAACUUAGGAUUUAGUUUCUGUGCGGUAUAAGUAAACAGACAUCUCACUCAUUGAUGCAAGAGCGUUUAUCAUCAACCACCUGAUACGUUUCAGGUGGUUGAUGACAACUUUCCCACCCAUUUCAAAACAUUUAAAAGCUUAUUAAAAAAAAAUUAUUUUAACCAACAAAUGGACUCAUCUUGGUAUUAUAUUUCUUUGGAAAGUUGACAGUACGUAAUUCAAUUUUCAUGUCGCUGUGCAGACCAUGGCUGUCAUGGCGUUAGGACCAGAACCAUUCCAUUCCCACUGACUAAAACAAAAUUUCCCCCACAAAAUAUCAAUACAAUAUCGAGUAGACAAGUGAUGACAAUGAAGAAAAAGAGCUAAGGGGGUUAUCAGCUGAUCCAAUACCAAUUCUCUGAACUAUCAUCAUAAGAAUUGCACGGCAGACAGCAAGGAAUCUUGGGAGUAACAGGGUUGAUUAGAUACCAUAUGCUCUUUCUCAGGAGCUACGGCAUCCGCGUUCCGAGCUCCAAACCAAUAAUAACAGACAGUAAUAUUACUUAAGAGCAAAACAAAACAGUAAAAAUGACUGAACAUUUUCCUUUGAUCAGAUUGUUCACCUAACAUCUUUGAUGGUGUGCAUUCGAUAUUUGUAGGAACGCUCCCAGGGAAAUGACCAGCGAGGAAAGACUUCGGCGAGCACUCAUCAAAGAGAUCCAUGCAACAAUGGGAGUCGAAGAGGAAGAGGUUGAAGAAGCGAGUUGCUUGUGUUGUUCCAAACAAGGAACCUCGAGGACAACUGAAAAUGACUUUAAAAUUGCCAUGAAGCCGACUAAAAUCGAUAAGAAUGUGGAAAUGGCGCGACAGUUGCAUCAAGAAAUGGAACAUCGAAAGAACCUUAAGGCUAGCUUGAUGACAAGGGUGGCUGAAAUAAGGAAGGACUCAAUGACAAAUGAAAAUGAUAACGUAAUGGACUCAAAGUCACUCAUAAAGACAACUGAAAACUACAACAAGGUGGAUUCGACCAGAACUGAAAAUGAGAUCAAGGAUGAUUCGAAGACUACUGAUGAUGCCGUCGAAACAGCUGUAGAUGACACAAAUACGGUCUCAGUGACCAUCCAUAAUGACACCAAAACGAGUGCUUAUGACAUCGACAUCGACUCUAAAACCAAAGAAUAUGGAACCAAGGAAGAUUCGAUAACAACCGGAAAUAACUCCAAGUCAUUCAUAAAGACAACUGAAAACUACAGCAAGGUGGAUUCGACCAGAACUGAAAAUGAGAUCAAGGAUGAUUCGAAGACAACUGAUGACGCCGUCGAGACGGGCUUGCAAGCGGCUGAAAAUGACAACAUGACAGUCUCACAGACUACAACCCCUGAAAAUGACAUCGAUACGGGAUUGGAAACAUCUGAAAAUGAAAGCAGGUAUGAUUCGACGAUAACUGAAAAUGAUGCCGAGUCAGCCUUAGCGACGGUUGAAGAUGACACCAACAUGGACACCAACAUGGAUUCGACCAGAACUGAAAAUGAGAUCAAGGAUGAUUCGAAGACUACUGAUGAUGCCGUCGAGACGGGCUUGCAAACGGCUGAAAAUGACAACAUGACAGUCUCACAGACUACAAACCCUAAAAAUGACAUCUAUACGGGAUUGGAAACAUCUGAAAAUGAAAGCAGGAAUGAUUCGACGAUAACUGAACAUGAUGCCGAGUCAGCCUUAGCGACGGUUGAAGAUGACACCAACAUGGACACCAACAUGGAUUCGACCAGAACUGAAAAUGAGAUCAAGGAUAACUCGAAGACAACUGAUGAUGCCGUCGAGACGGGCUUGAAAACGGCUGAAAAUGACAACAUGGCAGUCUCACAGACUUCAACCCCUGAAAAUGACAUCGAUACGGGAUUGGAAACAUCUGAAAAUGAAAGCAGGAAUGAUUCGACGAUAACUGAACAUGAUGCCGAGUCAGCCUUAGCGACGGUUGAAGAUGGCACCAACAUGGACACCAACAUGGAUUCGACCAGAACUGAAAAUGAGAUCAAGGAUGAUUCGAAGAAUACUGAUGAUGCCGUCGAGACGGGCUUGCAAACGGCUGAAAAUGACAACAUGACAGUCUCACAGACUACAACCCCUGAAAAUGACAUCUAUACGGGAUUGGAAACAUCUGAAAAUGAAAGCAGGAAUGAUUCAACGAUAACUGAACAUGAUGCCGAAUCAGCCUUAGCGACGGUUGAAGAUGACACCAACAUGGACACCAACAUGGAUUCGACCAGAACUGAAAAUGAGAUCAAGGAUGAUUCGAAGACUACUGAUGGUGCCGUCGAGACGGGCUUGCAAACGGCUGAAAAUGACAACAUGACAGUCUCACAGACUACAACCCCUGAAAAUGACAUCUAUACGGGAUUGGAAACAUCUGAAAAUGAAAGCAGGAAUGAUUCGACGAUAACUGAACAUGAUGCCGAGUCAGCCUUGGCGACGGUUGAAGAUGACACCAACAUGGACACCAACAUGGAUUCGACCAGAACUGAAAAUGAGAUCAAGGAUGACUCGAAGACAACUGAUGAUGCCGUCGAGACGGGCUUGCAAACGGCUGAAAAUGACAACAUGACAGUCUCACAGACUACAACCCCUGAAAAUGACAUCGAUACGGGAUUAGAAACAUCUGAAAAUGAAAGCAGGAAUGAUUCGACGACAACUGAACAUGAUGCCGAGUCAGCCUUAGCGACGGUUGAAGAUGACACCAACAUGGACUCAAAGACAGCGGAAAAUAAUAUUGAGGAUUUAAGGGUGGCUGAAAAUGUUGUCGAAUCGAGCCUGGAGACGACUGAAAAUGUCGCGAAGAUGGUUUCAAAGACGACUGAAAAUGAGACCAAUGACUCGACACCUGAAAUUUGCGUCAUAACGGACUUGAAAACGACUGAAAAUGACAACAAGAUGGACCCUCAUGCGAUUGAAAAC